AUGCUACGUCUGCGCUGCACUUUGGGGGCCUCCUUUUUGACGCUUCAGCCUGAGGCAUUUGUUCGCCGUCAUGGUCGAUGUGCGAUGCGGCCCGUUGGAUAUGCCCUUCUUGUCCCCAAUCGUAUGCUUUAUCAAGCCGCACCGUUCAUCUCCGCGCUCGCCACGCAGCGCCGAUGGGUACGUGUCCGCGCUAAUCACGCCAGUGGGCAGAGUGAAGCUGACGGAAGCAAAAACGAUGGGGCGGAGCAUCCAAAAGCAAAGGGAGAGAAAAGUGAGGGAGGUAAUAAGACGAGUAAAAAGACCACGGGAUUCCGUGCGCAUCUGGAAGGACUAAAGGACGAUUACGUGCGGUUUCCCGACAUAUAUAAUAGCGCAAAUGCCCUCAAUUUUAUUCUUUUUACAGUGUUCUGUCUUUGUAGCACCGGCAGUAACGUGGAAGAGAAGUGGUGGUUGGAUAAUUGGGGUAUUGAUGCACGGCUGAUGCCACUUGCAUGGGGAUUACACUCCCUUUUAAUGAAUAACUUUCUCUCCAUGGCAUUUGCGAUGAUGCUUUUACACACCAUGUGCCACAGCGUGUUACCAACGGUGGGUUCACGUGGUCUCAUGAUCUACUGCAUUGUAACCGCUGUGGCGUCUGGCUUUUUGAUGUGGACGUUUAAUUACAUGACGAACAACACGGCAGAGAAGCAGUUUGGCCCGUGGGACAUUGUGGCGGCAUUGUUUGUGAUGCAGUACCUGCACCAAGGGUUCUCGCCGAUUUGUAUUCUCAACAGCUUUAACGGCUGGGUGCGCUACGCCUGCUGGGUAGGGGCUGUAUGCAUUCUGUAUUUUGACUGGCAGCCCACAGCGGCGGGUACGCUUGUGGGGUUUGCACUCUGCAAGGGGCAUCCCAAGUUCCGCGUGACUGGCCCCGUUAGCUGA